UCACAAUGAGCUGCUGGUUUUCUGUCCUCUUUAAUUUUCCCUGUUGUCGCUGUCUCUUGAUUAUUAUUAUAUGAAGCGCGGAACUGUGAGAGAAUCCAGAAAGAGGCAGCACAAAAAAGGAAGCUGUGAGAAAGAAAAGGAAAGAAUUCUUUAUUAUUGUCAUUGUUAUUGUUAGUGUAUUAUAAAAGUGAAAGCUGCUGGCAAAAGCAUCGAUGAAAAUGGAAGGUUCUAGAUCAGAAAAUGCUGCAGACUUGACCUCGAAAGAAACGCUAAUUAAUCGAUACAAGCUGAAGCCCAUUUGGCGUUUAUUCAUGAUUGUUAAUCUUGGUCUUGGAGCUUAUAUGUUUAUCAAGCCAAAAAAGAAAACGACAAGCAAAGAAGCAAACAGAGGUGUGGAAAAUGACGAAGUUCCUGUAGAAGCUUUCUUGGAACCUGCAACCACUUCAAUUCCUGAGAGACCACCUCCGCCAGUUAUUCGGGAGGAAAAGGAGCACGUGCCUGAAGAUCAGCAGCAUGACCUUUUUAAGUGGAUAUUGGAAGAGAAGAGAAAAAUCAAACCCAAGGAUCGUGAAGAGAAGAAACAAAUUGAUGAAGAGAAAGCCAUUCUUAAACAGUUUAUACCCGCAAAGUCCAAUCCAAGUCUUUAAUUGAUACUUUAACAUUGGUGUUUGUUGUAAAAAAGAUAUGAGUUUAGCUUUUUGGGUUGCUUAUGAGUUAUGAGUUAGAGAUUCUGCAGUUGGAUAUGCUUUCCUCUUACAUUCUUCUUCAAUGUCUCGGCUAAUCAGAUAGAUAUUGCAAAUGUAAACACCAAAACCAGGACAUUAUUUGUAUUACUUGUGGCUAAUAA